UAUAACUUACUGUCUGAUCACAAAUAACUCAUAAACAUCUCUGCGCGUUGCCAAAAUGUCAGACGAAGAGGUGCCGUCCACAUCCCGAGAUCCUGACCCCGAACCGGACGAGGAGGAGGACCCUCCAUUCUUGCUGAAGCCCCCUCCUAAACCUGCCAUGAAAGAGGGAACAGUGGACCCUGAAUAUGAAGAGAAAAGAAGAGCAGACCGCGCCAACAGGUUUGAGUUUCUCCUCAAACAGACAGAACUGUUUGCCCACUUCAUCCAGCCGGCAUCGCAGAAGUCCCCAACCUCACCCCUGAAGAUGCGGGUGGGGAGACCCCGUGUGAAGCAAGAUGAGAAGCAAAAUCUUCUGUCUGUUGGAGAUAACCGGCAUCGUCGGACGGAACAGGAGGAAGAUGAAGAGUUACUGUCAGAGAGCAGGAAGGCAGCUAACGUCCUCGUCCGAUUCGAAGAGUCGCCUUCCUACGUGAAGAACGGUGCGUUGAGAGAUUAUCAGAUCCGAGGGCUGAACUGGAUGAUCUCACUCUAUGAGAACGGCAUUAACGGCAUCCUCGCUGAUGAGAUGGGUUUGGGGAAGACACUCCAGACGAUUGCAUUGCUGGGCUAUCUGAAGCACUACCGGAACAUUCCUGGUCCUCACAUGGUCCUAGUGCCCAAAUCUACUCUGCACAACUGGAUGAAUGAGUUCAAACGCUGGGUGCCCACACUCAAGGCCGUGUGUCUUAUCGGGGAGAAGGACGCCAGGGCUGCGUUUAUCCGUGAUGUAAUGAUGCCAGGUGAGUGGGAUGUGUGUGUGACUUCGUAUGAGAUGGUGAUACGGGAAAAAUCUGUCUUCAAAAAGUUCAACUGGAGGUAUCUGGUCAUCGAUGAGGCUCACCGCAUCAAAAACGAGAAAUCCAAGCUGUCAGAGAUUGUGCGUGAGUUUAAGACGACUAAUCGCUUGCUCCUGACGGGAACUCCAUUACAGAACAACCUACAUGAACUCUGGUCUUUACUUAACUUCCUACUGCCUGAUGUCUUCAACUCUGCCAAUGAUUUUGACUCGUGGUUUGACACCAAUAACUGUUUGGGCGAUCAGAAGCUCGUCGAGAGACUUCACGCGGUUCUUCGGCCUUUUCUGCUGAGACGGAUCAAGGCGGAGGUGGAGCGGAGUCUUCCGCCGAAAACGGAGGUGAAGAUUUACCUGGGCCUGAGUAAGAUGCAGAGAGAGUGGUACACCCGUAUCCUGAUGAAGGACAUCGACCUCCUGAACUCGGCUGGUAAAAUGGACAAAAUGCGUCUGCUGAACAUACUGAUGCAACUGCGGAAGUGCUGUAACCACCCGUACCUGUUCGACGGGGCGGAGCCAGGACCGCCCUACACCACCGACACACACCUGGUCACCAACAGUGGCAAAAUGCUCGUACUGGACAAACUGCUACCCAAAGUACAGGCGCAAGGCUCCAGAGUGUUGAUCUUUAGUCAGAUGACACGUGUGUUGGACAUACUGGAGGAUUACUGCAUGUGGAAAGGAUAUGAAUACUGCAGACUGGAUGGGAACACACCACACGAGGCCAGAGAGCAAGCAAUAGAGGCUUAUAAUGCUCCCAACAGCACCAAGUUUAUCUUCAUGUUAAGUACACGGGCAGGAGGACUUGGCAUCAACCUGGCAACUGCAGAUGUGGUAAUUUUAUACGACUCAGACUGGAAUCCACAGGUGGACCUGCAGGCAAUGGACCGCGCCCACAGAAUUGGUCAGAAGAAGCCAGUCCGUGUGUUCAGAAUGAUCACUGAGAACACAGUGGAGGAAAGAAUUGUCGAGAGAGCAGAGAUGAAGCUACGCCUCGACUCAAUUGUCAUACAACAAGGACGUCUGAUUGAUCAGCAGUCAAACAAACUGGCGAAAGAUGAAAUGCUUCAGAUGAUUCGACACGGAGCCACGCACGUGUUCGCCUCCAAAGACAGCGAGCUCACCGAUGAACAUAUCGACACUAUUCUGGAGAGAGGAGCCAAGAAGACGGCAGAGAUGAAUGAACGCAUGGAGAAGCUAGGGGAGAGUUCUCUGCGUAAUUUCACCAUGGACACAGGCAGCACAGAGAGUAGCCUGUAUAAGUUUGAAGGAGAGGACUACAGAGAGAAACAGAAGUUGAAUAUGAUGGAAUGGAUUGAGCCUCCAAAAAGAGAGAGAAAGGCAAACUACGCGGUCGACGCCUACUUUCGAGAGGCACUCAGAGUCAGUGAACCUAGAGCGCCAAAGGCCCCGCGCCCUCCCAAACAGCCCAACAUCCAAGACUUUCAGUUCUUUCCUCCUCGGCUGUUUGAGUUACUGGAGAUGGAAAUCCUCUACUACAGAAAAACAAUUGGAUACAAGGUCCCCAGGAACCCUGACAUUCCAAAUGCUGCACAGGUCCAAAAGGAGGAGCAGAGGAAGAUUGAUGAAGCAGAGCCACUCUCUGCAGAGGAGACAGAGGAGAAGGAGAAACUACUUACACAGGGUUUCACAAACUGGAACAAGCGAGAUUUUAACCAGUUUAUCAAAGCCAAUGAGAAAUACGGCCGUGACGACAUUGAUAACAUCGCUCGUGAAGUGGAGGGCAAGACCCCAGAGGAAGUUAUAGAAUAUUCUGCCGUGUUCUGGGAGCGCUGUAAUGAGUUGCAGGAUAUUGAGAAGAUUAUGGCUCAGAUAGAGAGAGGAGAGGCGCGUAUCCAGAGACGUAUCAGCAUCAAAAAAGCCCUGGAUGCCAAGAUUGCACGGUACAAAGCUCCUUUCCAUCAGCUGCGUAUCCAGUAUGGGACUAAUAAAGGGAAGAAUUACACUGAGGAGGAAGAUCGUUUCCUCAUUUGCAUGCUCCAUAAGAUGGGCUUCGAUAAGGAGUACGUGUAUGAGGAGCUACGCCAGUGUGUCCGCAACGCUCCCCAAUUUAGAUUCGACUGGUUCAUCAAGUCCAGGACCGCUAUGGAGCUUCAGAGACGCUGUAACACUCUGAUCUCUCUGAUCGAGAAGGAGAAUACGGAGAUCGAGGAAAAAGAGAGAGCAGAAAAAAAGAAGAGAGCACCCAAAAUUCAAUCAGCACACAAACGGAAAGCAGACACCUCGUCUGACGCCACCACGAGAAAGGAGAAAAAAACGCGGCCCUGAUCUCCUCUAAUGAUGUGACAUUUUAUGACACAUUACAGCGACCAUUUGACACACUAUCUGUGACCGGUCAGCAUCCUCUCACUUUCAAAAGCACUAAUGAAAACCAUAUAAUCAUUCACCUGAGAUGGUCGCCGUGGCAACGUAAUCAUCCUUUCAGCCUGGUUUCUCUCCUUCGUUUUUGUAGUUAUUUUUGAUGCGCCGUUGAAAUGUUCGACACGCUGUGCUGAUCUGUUCCCUCUGUUUGUCCUCCUGUUUUCUUGCAUGCUGAAAGAGGAAGAAUUUUCUGUUUCCUUUUGAAGUCUGUCACUGCCUCUGUAAGAAAUGUGUCGUUGUUUUUCACGGUGAUUUCCUUCACACUGUCAUGCAGUGUUUCCCAGUCUCCCCAACCUUGCACCUUAACUCUCGUCUGGCUUUGCACAUGGUCUUUUCUAUGUAAUGUAGCAUUACUGAGAGGAGCAUUGAAACUAUUUUACAUAUUAAUGUUCAAACUAAAGAAAUCUC